AUGGCGUCUCGAGGCAGCCCCUUUGAGCCUCUGCAGCUGACGGAGGACGAGGAGAAGGAUUGCUACGAUCGUGCCUUUCAAUUGCUGGAGCGGACACUACGUAGCUAUGACGAGCGCGACGCUCAGGGCGACGGCGGUCGUCUCCACCAUUCCAAGCUAGACAGCUCCAAGUGGAAGCUACUGAAGACACAAGCGAACGCGUCAAUGUACGUUGCACACAACAACGCCGUGCAUCAAGACGACGGCGCCGGCGGUGAGAUAGAGAACGCUAUCGUUCUUCUUACGGCAGGGACAAUCCGAGGUGACUUGGACGAAGUCAUGCUCGGCGUGAAAUCAAUAGACGUCAACAGUAUCAGCUUCCGAACGGAGUUGCCUGGCAACCACCCUGUCGACUGCGCCGUGCUGGCCGAGCUGCUUGGCCCAAAAGAGGUGGAUCCGUUCCGGUUCCUUGGUGUUACCUGGCUCAUGUACGAGAACAGUUGGCCGAUCAAGGCCAUGAUGCGGCCUCGAGAUCUCUUGACACUAACAGCUACAGGAACCAUGACGCGUUCCAAUGGUGACCGCAUCGGCUACGAAGUGGUGCUGCCGGUGAGGCUCCCACAGUGUCCACUUUUGUCCGGGACGGUACGCAACGACGUCAUGUACGCUGCGAUCUUCAAGCAACAGGAGCCUGGUAUCGUGGACGUCUACAUCCCCACGUACGUGGAAAGUCAAAGUACUCUCCUUGAUAAAGUGGUUACUAGCGUCACGUGGAAAGCGACGCUCGCGUUCUGGGACGCCCUGCAGCUUGGUGAGAUGAAGAAGUUGCAGUGGAGCAUAGCAAACUGCCGAAUGGAGCGCCAGAAAGAGCAGAAGUCUUCAUCUGCCUGCAAACGCUGCUCGGAACGACCGAGCAUGCUAAAGCGUUUCGGUGGUAUUGGCCACAACGACAAGAACUCCUGCGUUUUGUGUGAUGUGUCCAUGUGCUCCGAGUGUCGUGUGGAACGGAGCCUCAAGGUCCCGGAUGAAAACAGCGGAAGGCUAAAGGACCAGAUUGUUGGUGUGUGUCUGCCCUGCGUGAUGUUCGUACGGCAGCUUCGCCCCACAGACAUCGCCAUGUUCGACCGUAAACAGCGCAGGCCAACAUCGAUUAUCUGA